AUGGAUUGUCUAAGGGCUAUUCCAAAGAGUCAUCGGCUGUGCGAGGACUUCUUAGAGCUAGAAGAUUCAAGCACAGCAAAGACUCUAGGCCUACGUUGGCAAGCGCAAGCCGAUCUGUUUCUUUUUUCGCCCCCCAACAUUCCUCUCCAGGAGACCUACACAAAGAGGUCGGUCCUUUCACAGAUCGCCAAGUUGUUCGACCCCGCAGGGUGGUUGGCACCUUUUGUCAUCCGAGCAAAAAUAUUUAUGCAAGCGCUCUGGCUACGCGAUUUAGAUUGGGACCAACCUCUGCCGGGUGAUCUCCUCACCCAAUGGCAAGAGUUUCUCCUCAGCUUCUCCAGCCUUCGGGACAUUCGUGUGCCUCGAUGGGUACAUUUCCAACCUCGAGCCACUAUCCAAUUUCAUGGGUUUUGUGACGCAUCGGAGCGUGCUUACGGAGCGGCUGUCUAUCUCCGUGUAGAACUUGGCAACCAGAUCUUCGUCAAUCUGCUCUCCGCCAAAACGAGAGUCGCUCCGAUCAAAUCCAUUUCUAUACCCCGCUUGGAGCUUUGCGGUGCUGUCCUUCUGACCGACUUAUGCUCAGUACUGCUCCCGGCAUCCCCGGCAGUCAGUUUUCAGUCCUUUUACUGGACCGAUUCGACUAUUGUCUUAGCCUGGCUAAACAAGCCUGCCUGCAAUUGGACAACCUUCGUCGCAAAUCGGAUCAGUAAAAUAACUGAGCUCACCAAUCCUGGUGACUGGCAUCAUGUCAGCUCAGAGCAUAAUCCUGCGGAUCUAGCUAGCAGAGGAGCUCAUCCUCAAGAACUUCUUUCAAAUCCGCUAUGGUUCCAUGGCCCAGAUUGGCUUCGACUUUCCCAGUCUCACUGGCCAAUCAUUCCUGUUCUUAGCUUGGAGAUUGCUCUAGAGAAAAAGGCAUCUAAAAGUCAUGCUGCCACCUUGACUCCUCCAGCUGAAUUCAUAAGCAGGUUUUCAGAACUUCAUCGAGCCCUCCGUGUCACCGCUUGGAUGUUUCGUUUCAUCAACCGGUGCAGGAGAUCCGCUCCCCCUCCAUCGCAAGAGCUCAGUGCUGAUGAAUUGCACUUUAUUCAGUCCAGGUUCAUCUCCUUGAGCCAAAACAGAAUCUACUCAAACGAGAUCAGCUGCUUACGUGCACAGAAACAACUUCCGGCCUCAAGUUCACUCCGCAAUCUUAAUCCUUUCCUGGAUAGUAAAGGUAUCCUGAGAGCAUGCGGACGCAUAAGGACAUCCGCCUCCUUAAGCUAUGACGAGCGCCACCCCAUCAUCCUCCCUUCUUCGUGCUCUUUCACAAAGCUGCUGGUCCGCUUCACCCAUCGCAUAUCCUUGCAUGGCGGGAACCAAUUAAUUGUGAGACUCAUCCGUUCACAAUUCUGGAUCCCUAAGCUGAAGGUCCUCAUCAAAUCGGUGAUAAACUCAUGCAAGUCCUGCGUAGUUUACCGCAAGCGUCUCCAAACGCAAAUGAUGGGCGAUCUGCCAGCUGAUCGCACAACCUUCACCAGGCCCUUCACCGUCGUAGGCGUCGACUUUGCAGGCCCCUUCGAUGUGAAGAAUUACGCCGGACGAGCCUGCCUCAUCACAAAGGGUUACGUCUGUGUGUUUGUGUGUUUCAGCACCAAGGCUAUCCAUCUCGAGGCCACGUCCGACUUAACCACCGAAAAAUUCUUAGCGGCGUUCUCCCGCUUGGUGGCUCGGCGUGGAUGUCCGCAGAAGAUUUACUCCGACAACGGGAAAACGUUUGUCGGAGCCGCAAAGACUUUAUCACGAGACUUUGUGGAAUCACUCCGAUCCGAGGUGCUUGCAAAGCACUCUCUCCAUAGCCUAUCCUGGCAUUUCAACCCACCGAGCGCACCACACAUGGGCGGCUUGUGGGAAUCAGGGGUGAAGAGUUUCAAGGCCCUAUUCUACAAAUCCACUGCCACGUCGAAAUAUACUUUCGAAGAGCUUUCGACCCUCUUGGCAAGAAUAGAAGCCUGCCUCAACUCGAGACCGAUAGCACCCAUGUCCGAGGAUUCCACCGAUUUUCAAGCCCUUACUCCAGGACACUUUCUAGUCGGUGGGCCUCUUAUAACUAUUACUGAGCCCAGAAUUACGCAAGAUGCGAUGUCUAUCCUGAAUCGCUGGCAGCGACUUAAGGCUCUUCACCAACAAUUCUGUUUCCGUUGGAAAGAAGAGUAUCUUAAGGAGCUGCAUAAACGUAAUAAAUGGCAAUUCGCACAACGUGACUUGAAGGUCGGCGACAUGGUCAUCGUGAAAGACGACAAUGUCGCCAUCAACGAGUGGCGGCUCGGCCGUGUCCACCUCACGCACCCAGGAGAUGAUGGGAAGGUCCGAGUGGCGGACAUUCUCACCUCCCGGGGCAUUGUCCGUAGACCCGUCCAUAAGUUGGUCAUCCUACCAACGGACGAUAACACCGCUGUGAUGUCCAACUAA